AAAUAAUGAAUAUGAAUUAAACAAAAUUGGAUUGCUACAAUAAAACACAAGCUGCAAGUUCUGGAGCUAAAGCAGCAAACUCUUUUGUCUCUGGAACUUUGAUGUCCAAUUGGCAUGAAGAGGCUCAAUUAAAGGAAGACACUGGAUUUGGAAGAGCUCCUGUUCCUUAACAUAUAAAAAAGAAGCAUACAGAUCUGAUGCUAAAACCUCCCGAAGAAAUUCCUCUCUACAAGGAACCCAUAAAUCAACUUGAUACAACAACUAGACUAUUUGGUAAAAUAUAACCUGACAUUCCAAAACCAGCAUCACAAAAGUAAUAGAUUGAUAUAUUUAUAGUGUUGGAGGUACUGUAAACAGAGCCGAUUUAGUACCCAAAGUUGGUAAGAAAGCCUAAUUAAUUGAAUAAUAAUACCUGUAAUAAAUUCAGUCAGAGUUGGACUCUCGAGAAGCAGACAGUUUCAGUUAAACAUAAUAGAGAUAUUUUGAAACAACAUGCAAAUAAGAAUUCACUUAGGUAAGAAUCAAUAUUUACAUGAUUAGAAACCAAUAGAAAAUAACACUAUUGGAAGAAGAGUGAUGAGAACACAAAAUGGAACUGCAAUAGAUGGAGACAAAAAAGAUGUUGAUUUGUUGAGUGACAUGGGAUUUUAUUAAAAGUAUCACUACUAACCUACCCUAUGAUAGACCUCAACUGUCAACUGAUUAAUAAUUGACAUCAGUCUUACCACAAGAAUCAUAUCUAACAGCAAAACCUAUCACAUUUUAUUCUGAAAAGCAAAGCUAAGGAAUCAUCUAUCAAUCUAAACCAGUCAAUGAAGUUAGGCCCUUUCAUAAAACUGAUGACUUUGUUAAAACAUUUCAUCACUUCACUCAUGUUAAGAAUUGAGAAAAAUUUGAAUAGCUAAUUAUGCAGGAU